AUGUCCGCUUCCAGGACGCUUUGCUCAAGAUGCACCUCGCACCUGGUAUCCUCCAUUUCACAGAGGCCUGCUGCCGUAGCCCGGUUAACGACCUUAGUUGAGAGUCAUGAAACCCCCAAGCCAACUGCUACGGUCGCCCGAGGAGCAAACUCGCAGAGGACCCGUAUUUCUCAACCGGACAGGAAGCCGGGAGAGCUAUCACGGCAGAGAAAGCUCCCGCGGAAACAGCCUGUUGAUCAUAUAGCUCUCUUCAACGAGAUAGUCAGCAAAGAUGAUGAAAAUGCGGGUAUCAGCAAGCCAUCCGCCGGGACCGCUCUGGAGAACAAAGCAACGCUUGAAUCCUGGGAGAUCACUGCGAUAAUCAACGACCUGAAAAGGCAGAAAGAGAAGCCUGUGGCGGAGAGGAAUCGAGUGCUGAGAGAAGAAAUCUGGCCUCAUGUUUUUGCUCUCGGGCAGCCAUUGCCAAAGCAGCUCUACCUCCUAACUAAUGAAAUCAUCAACGUGGUUUCGCAUCAGAUGGUUGUCAAACACUACUUCGAUGCCGGGGCAUACACAUCCUUGUUGAGGAUGUCCCUCCUUCUCGGCAGCAGAGAUUUGCGACUCGCGAACAAAAUGAUCGUCGGCCUCUGCACCGUCAUCCAACUGGAGACGGAUUACACCCGGCGCAAUUUGGCGUUGAGUGAAAUGGUUGACCUGUGGAAGAUGGUUUCCCAGAUGGGUCGGCCCAGCCAAAGGAAUCGCGAGCUACGGUUCGUCUUUCCUUCUCCAGAAGAGCUUGUAAAGGAUAUCAAGGCUCUUCAAGAAAAGAAACCCAAAUACAAGCCCACGUCUUUAGCCGUGGACAAUACCACGAAGGCGUUCUCUGCCAUUUUCAACCAACAUGAGAUUACGCGCAUAAAGUCCAUUAUCCCAGCCGUUCUCAGCACAAUGGCCGUCAUGUCAGACUCCACUCUGUUACGGCCAAGACGGCUACAAAUUGCAGCUCCUUUCCUCCAGGUCGUUCAGGUUGCUCUCAAGUAUUGCAAGGUUGAUAAUGCAUAUAUCGACAAGUUCCUUUGCGACAGCAUCGAUACUCCGGCCCAAGAUACCACUCGACUAAGGGUUCUGGCUGGGAAGUCAUGGUCACACAAGGUCCUCGAUUUCCUUAAUAGACCCGACGCAUCUUGGCGGCAAGGCCUCGAAAGUCGAUCAGCGAUCGAUUUACUGGCCAAUUUCCAGAGGCAGGCCCGUCAGGCGCACAAGGCUGAUAAUGUCAGAGCCAUCAUAUCGAUAUGGCAAGAUCUAAUGUCAGCCUCGGAGGACAGACCGAAGCUCAUCAUCCAGAUGCGGGAGAACCCGGACUUUCUCGACUACUGGCACUUUCUUUGGUGCGCGACCCGUCGGCCGGAGAUGCUCCAGGAAACCAGCGACUUGAUGAGCAGAAUCGGGCUUGAGCCGACUCUCAGAACAUACACCGCAAUGAUGAACGGGUGGAAGAUCUCCAAGGAUGCCGAAAAGAUCGAAGCCCUGUGGGCGAUGCUCAUCAAUGCCAAGGUCAAGCUUGACACACAUGCUUGGACUGAGCGCAUCUCUGGGCUCAUCGAGCUUGGCAAGCCAGAGGACGGCAUUGCCGCCCUGGUAAACAUGUUCAAAUUAUGGAAGGAUGCCGUGAGCCGCCGCGCUCCGCACGAGGCCGUCCAGCCUACCAUUGAGGUGUUCAAUGGCGCCUUCCGUGGGCUCAUCAGGCGGGACAAAAAAGCAGCAUAUGAGGUGCUGGAAUGGGCGGGCCGAGAGGGUAUCAAGCCUGAUGUCCGAACAUACAACAUCAUCCUGCGUGAAACCUUCAGGGAAAAGGAGGACCAUGCCGGCGUCCAGAACUUGUUGAAGGGGAUGGCGGCCCAGGGUAUCGAACCUGAUAACGCAACCUUCACCAUUAUUCUCGAGGAGGUACUCGGGUCAUUGGUCCACGCUACGGCAGCCGAACAGGUGGCAGCGGUAAAUACUGUCUUUGCUGACAUCGAAGGCGCCGGCCUGCAAACAAACAUGGAGAUGUACGGAAAGAUGCUCUUCGCCGUCUCGUCACUGUCAAACGGAUCCGAGGAAGCCAUCGAGGCCGUGCAGAAACAUAUGCGUCAGCAUGGACACCCCAGCUUCUCCCCGCACAUGGUUCUGAUCCUCAUCGAUCGCUACCUGCAGCGGGGACUGCACGAUAGCACAGCAAUCCAGAGGCUCCUCGAGAAGCACGGCCUCACUGGCAUCGACACCGGUGACCAGCGCCUCUGGGAACACGUGCUGAGUGCCUUCGCAAUGACCGGAGACACCGCUCGGGCUCUCGCCAUUUAUGAUGAGCUUCGCCAGGCGGGGCGGCCCCCGACUAGGCUAUUCUGUCUCCGUGAUCUGCUCAUAGGACUCAUCGAAGACCGUCGGAUGGACGAUGCUAAGAGAGUUGUGGAUGAGGUGCUUCAGGAGCUGCUCAGCCGAGAGGAAGAGGUUAAUGAACGGAGAUGGCAUCAUUACUUCUGGCAUCUGGCUCACGCGCAUGGUCUGCUCGACAUGACCAAGGAGCCGUUCGCGUUGAAGCGGGUUGUGCAAUAUUCUUACUAG